AUGGAGGAAAGCACCAGUGGAAUAGGGACGACAAUUUCCAACGUGUUCUAUUCACUAUCUGACUGGAAGGAUACCGCGUUACAGUAUGUUAUCGAUGGCCCCCUCGCCCAAGUCGGCCGUGUGCAGGAAUAUAUAACGGACACAGUUAAAUCUUCAGCUGGGAUGGCUGGGGCCGGACUAGCAAUCGGAGCAGUAGCAGCAGCCAUUGGCUACUUUCUGCGGACAAGCGACAAUGAUGAAGCCAUCGGUAAUCCAUUGCUUGACCCCGACUUUGUGGAAAGUGUGAAACAACAGGUUGAAGAAAGCGCAAACAAUCAUGUACGAUUUUCCGUUUCGUUAGAUGAGAAUAUGCAUAAUCCGAACGAAAAUGCACUGACAUUCGAAGAAAUUAAAUCUCCACAGCAUCGAACGUUUCCAAAGACGCCUAUUUAUUCCCCAAGAAGUUCUGGUUCCUACACGCCCAUUGUUAUUAAACAGCAAGAAACGCAACCGGUGUUCGUCUUUCCAGAGAAAAUCGAAGAGGAAGAAGAAGAGCCCGAAGAGAAGAUUGAACCUUCCGAAAUAAUCGAAGAGCAAAAAGAAGAAGAGCCAAAAAUAGAAGUGAUUCUACAUCCUUCUCGCCAAGUUUCUAUUCUAUCAGCGGUAAACGAAAUAAUUGAACAGGAGUUCUUCAAUCAAGAAAGCGAAACCGCGCCGGAGCCCAAAUGCGAGCCCCAAAUGGGCACCUCUGGAGACGAGCCUUCUCCCAAGCCCAAGACACCGUCAUCACCUGCGGUCGCCUCCUCCAUUGCUCAACGUGCAAGUCAGGAGUUUACCUGA